GAAAACCGUGUGUUCCACUUGUAAUUCAAUUAAUCGAAUAGUCGUUGUCGAGGGGCUCCUGUUCGAGCCUCGAAUCGGUUUCUAUGAAACACCGAUUUCACUGUCGAUACUUUGUUGACAAUCGACCACCUUCGUACCGAUAAGAAGUACAAAUUUGUGUCGAGCCCCGAACGAAUUUCGUCCGUUCGUUUAUUCUGACGUGCGAUAUUGAUUGUGCCGAUAUGUAACGCAUAAACCAUUUUCCCCGAACAUCGUUCCCAUAAAACUCAAUUGAUAGUGUUUCUCAAUCGACUGUGGUGACAAAUUGUUCGUAGCAGUUCGUAUAAUAAGGAAAGAUCUACGAACGACACCCGAUCUAUAGGAAAGAAAAUUUAUAUAUCGACCCUCGCUAACGGAUCAAGAAGCUGCAUAGAAAAAAGAAGCAUAGCAUUUUUUUUUGCUCUGAUUGACUGACGAUUCACUGCUGAGACAGGAUCUACUGCGGAUUUGAUGCGCGCGCCAGCUUAACGAGUAAGAAAAACAUGCAGAAGUAGGUCCCAUUACACUGUAAUCAGUCGUCGUCAGUAUUGUUAUGUGCAUAUGUAAAUGCUAAGAUAUAUCAUAAAUACAUAACUAGUUUUGCGGAAAGUUUUUUUUUAUCAAGAAAUAUUGUCAAAACAACUUUGGUCGCAGUCAGGCAGUAUAUAAAACUUAAAUCCGGCCACUUUUGGCGCGAAAUGUCCUCCCUUGGUCUCGACCAACUGGCUCGGCUGCACUCGACUGCACUCGGUUGGGCUCGACGGAAAAACGCUCGUAGCGUGGUGGUAUCGUGUGUAGCGAAAGGGCCUAUGUAAAUACAUAUGUAGUAUGUACAUGUAUAAAAGAAACUCAUUCCUCUGAUUCCUCCCUUGAUUACAUUCACUUUUAUAUGUACAUAUACACUAUUUUCCGCGGGAAUCUUUUAUUCAAACAAAUGAGAAAAUGUCUGACAGCGAAGAGGAACAAUUUAAACUUUAUAAGGGAGAUUCACGGAUUCCUUGCCGGUACGGAGCAAAAUGCUAUCAGAAGAAUGCAGCUCACCAUGAGAAAUACAAACAUCUACCUUCAAAAGACGCGAAGAAACAAAAAGGUGGAAGGCGUGUCGUUAUCGGUAAGAAAAGAAAGAAACAUGAGGAUAACGAAGGAUCGGUUGAUUCCUCAAAGAAAAAGGUACUAAAAAAGGAUGAUGCUGAAGUGAAUGAAAGUGUCCCACAAAUCGAUAAUGAUCAGAAUGUGGAAAAAACUGAGGAAAACUUUGAACCUAUGAAACAAGAAUCUGAUUUAGAUAACGAGAAUCCUAUAAAACAUCCAUCUACACAAGUUACCAUUGCAUCUUUGCUAAGAGAUUGUAACUUUAGCAUCAAUGACAACAAAGUACUUCCAACCGAGGUACAGACAAUUAUUUCUCAUUUGUUCUUAACAGAAAUGCCAGAAGAUUUCUUUCAAUUAUACGAGUUUUGCAAGACUAUUUCUGAGAAGGAUCCUCUAAAUGUCUUUAAAGAUGUACAAUUACAACUUGUGGGUCCUUACGAUAUAUUUAAUGAGACAUUUUUAAAUUCCAAAGUUGACGAUAAAAAAUCACUGCUGAGACACUGGAGGUAUUAUUAUGAUCCACCAGAAUUUCAAACUAUCAUUAAAGUCAAUGGCAAGGAAGCUUUGCACUUUGGUUACUGGAGGGACAAUGUAUCAGAAGGACCUGAAUUUGUUGCAAAGAACACAGCAAUUAUUAAUUGUGUGAUCGAACCGGUAGCUGAAAAUAUAUUUGCUACGCUUUAUGUGCACCUAGAAGAGAAAAUAAAAAUGGCUAAUCCAUUUGAAAAGACCCGUAUAACACAGUUGCAACAAAAAUUAAAAAACUAUGCCCGAGAGAAAAAUAUAACGUUAAACCAAAAGUCAAGUAGGAUGCAGGAUAGGGAAAAGAAAGUUGUUGCAAGGACUUUUCACAAAGCGGGAAUUGUGGUACCGUACGAUAAGAAAACUGAGCUUGGAUACAGAAACCUAGCAGUAACAGAUAACGAAUUGAAGAAAAUAUUGAAACAAAUAGGAGAUGCUCGAACGCCAGAAGAGAGAAAAAUACCGUUCUCAAAAUUAGAAGAAGUUAUAAGACUGGCAACAAUCGCAGCUGAUGAAUGCGAUUUCGGCACUUGCUUAGAACUGGGCCACGAUCUUUUUUGCAGUGGCAUUCCCCAUGUGCAGAACAAAGCAUUGAAUAUGCUUUCUCUUGCUUACAAUCUUUUGCAAAGACCACAGUUUUUGGAAAUUGUGCAGGCGCAUUUCAAAGAUAGAAAUAAGGGUCAGAAUCUAAGUAUACUUCAUUGAAUUUAGGAAAUUUCCGAUUCUCGUUCUUUCGCAAUUUUGUACAUUGAGUGACAAUUAAUUUCAACCAUUUGUGAAUAAAUAUAUAUAUUGCCCUUCA